AUUUUCUCUUUUAUCCUGCACCUGGUGACCGAGGCCAACCCUGAAAUACUACUUAUGAGCAGGACUGAAAAUUUGUCAACCCCCUGAAAUACAGAGGCCGAGCAACCUGAAACAUAGCAGGCAAAUUACAAAGUACCUCAGGCCUAAGGAAAACCUGAAAAACAUGUCAGGCAACUAACUAGUAAAAAAAUGUCAUGAUGCAUGAAAACGAAACGUGAAACAGAUGAGGAGAUUUGCCACCGCACAAGCUAAAGUCCCACAUGUGCUAAGUAUGAGGCUCGAGCAACCUGGUAAAGACCAGCUGACAUGAAGAUAUCUUCACGCUAAUCUACAAUCCUUAGCACGCGGUAAAGAAACGACUUCCAAGAUGGGGAACAGCUUACCUUCUACUGCCACUUUUGUUCGGUUCUGCCAGAAACUGAACAGGGUGAAGACUCUGGAAGAUGACUUAAUGGAGACCUCGCUGAAGAGAUGCCUUUCCACUCUUGAUCUCACCCUUUUAGGUGUGGGUGGAAUGGUGGGUUCUGGUCUUUAUGUACUUACUGGCACUGUAGCCAAGGAAAUAGCAGGCCCAGCUGUGGUCAUAUCAUUUCUCAUUGCCGGAAUUGCCUCUCUACUUGCGGCUCUGUGCUAUGCUGAAUUUGGCGCACGGGUGCCAAAAACUGGUUCCGCAUACAUGUUUACAUACGUUUCAGUUGGUGAACUUUGGGCAUUUCUGAUUGGCUGGAAUGUGAUUUUAGAAUAUAUGAUUGGUGGUGCAUCUGUAGCAAGAGCUUGGAGCGGCUAUCUGGACUCCAUAUUUGACCAUAAAAUAAAAAACUUUACGGAAACUCACAUUGGAACCUGGAAUGUGCAGUUCUUGGCUCACUACCCUGAUUUUCUUGCUGCAGGAAUCUUGCUCUUUGCCACAGCAUUUAUUGCAUUUGGGGUUAGGGUGUCAUCCUGGCUGAAUCACAUCUUUGCUGCCAUUAGUAUGGGAAUAAUCCUUUUCAUUGUCGUAUUUGGCUUCAUCCUGGCAGAACCAAAGAACUGGUCAGCUGACCAUGGGGGCUUUGCUCCGUUUGGGUUUUCUGGAAUUAUGUCUGGCACUGCUACGUGUUUUUAUUCGUUUGUUGGGUUUGACGUCAUUGCAGCAUCAAGUGAAGAAGCAAGGAAUCCUCAGAAAUCUGUUCCCAUUGCGACCGCUGUGUCUCUAGGCCUUGCCACAGGGGCGUACAUUCUGGUGUCCACUGUCCUGACUCUCAUGGUGCCUUGGAAUACAUUAAUACCCGACUCUGCCUUUUCUGAUGCUUUUUACAGGAGAGGCUAUUCCUGGGCAGGAUUUAUCGUAGCUGCUGGAUCCAUUUGUGCUAUGAAUACGGCUCUGCUAGGUAGCCUUAUUUCCCUGCCGAGAAUUGUUUAUGCCAUGGCUGAAGAUGGACUUUUCUUUCAGUUUUUCGCCAAAGUAAACCCAACCACCAAAGUACCAGUCAUUGGAAGUGUGGUGUUUGGUAUCCUGAUGGCUCUACUUGCUCUGAUUUUUGACCUGGAAGCCCUGGUGCAGUUUCUGUCUAUUGGCACAUUGCUGGCCUAUACUUUUGUUGCAGCUAGUAUCAUUGUAUUGCGAUUUCAGCAGGAGAAAGGUGACGCUUCAGCUUCAGGUGAUCAAGAGCAAAGUCCUCAGCACAGAGAGACUCGAGUCAAUUCAGAUAGGAUCCUUGGGGAGGAAAUGAAGGAAUACGAGACUUUCUCCGAUCAGCUUCAGCUGGUUGAAAGUCAGAAAAAAAACAAAGAGCGUAGAGAAACUGGACACCUAAAAGCUGCCUUUGAACCAUACCUCCGGUUCCUGAAUGAUUGUUACCCUGGACAGGUGGUCACUAUUGCAGUUGUGACAAUGAUGGUCUCCGUCAUCUGCAUGUGCUGCAUCUUGGUGUUUGGAAGCAAUCUUCCUACAUGGAGUUUUUAUCUUCUGCUUGUGAUCUUCCUGAUUGGGUUCCUUAUCAGUCUGUUCUUAAUCUGGGUCCAUGAACAGCAAAAGAAAAUAAAUACGUUUCAGGUUCCACUUGUACCACUGAUUCCAGCGCUGAGUAUCCUAUUAAACACAUAUCUCAUGCUUAAGCUGAGCGCUUUGACAUGGGUGCGGUUCGCAGUUUGGCUUGCUGUUGGGCUCGUUGUUUACUUUGGUUAUGGCAUUUGGCACAGCAAAGAGAACUUGCGAGGACCGAAGAUCCAUGGGGUCACUAAACGUUAAAGCAGCCUUGAAGAAACCGUUCAGCAGGUCCAGCCAAAUGUUCAGGACAACAUGGAAAGGGCAGAGGUCAUAUGAUGAAAUCCAGAAGAGAUGAUACCUAUAAGGUCUAUUCUGACCCAACAUGCUAGGAAACCCUUAUGUUGUACACUCCUUUCCCUGGAAGGAAAUUACCAUUUGCACUGAAAAUCAUAUUAAACAAGUCUUGUAUAUUUGUAAAAGAAGACACAGAGAACAUGAUCAAGAGAUAUGUUUCUUCUACAGUUUGUAUCUUUUGGUAUGUAAAGAAGCCUCACAAGCUAGAUCUAACUGCACAAGGAUAAUGUUUUGGUCAUAUCAUACAAUUACAUGGGUAAUGUGUCCCAUAUAUGUCUUUAUAUUGGGAAGACAGACCUGAGCCCCACAACCGUCUUUAUGUUGGAAAGACAGUCCUCUGCCCCAGUGGCGGCUGGUGCUCAAAGUUUUUGGGGGGGCGCAAACGGAAAAAAAAAAGAAAA